AUGAUUAUCGAACCAAACGACGGUCUCCCUCAAAAUAUAUGCGGCAAAUGCAAGGACGACGUCCACAUAGCUUUAGAUCUACGCAACAGAAGUUUACAAAGCGAAACAGCGUUAAAACAAAAAUACAACAGCAAUUCAAGUAGCUACACUGAAAAUAUAGUCGAAAAUAGUGAAAUAAUUUCAAAAUUUUUGGAAAAUCAUGAUAACAGCAAUGAAAAUUGUGAAGAUUACGAUAAUAUUGACGGAUUUCCUGAAUUAAAAGUCGAGAUCGAAUGUGACAGAAUAGAACAAGAUGGCGGAGAAACAAAAUGGCUGCCAGAGGGAACUGUCAAAAAGUUAACUAAAAAGGAGAAAAGGCAACAGUAUUUAGACUUGGUUGAUGGUGAAUUGGAUCCCGAAGGGCCGGUCAGAUGUAAGAUUUGUAAGAAGACAGUCAGCAAUUGGAAAUGCUUUAUCAGUCAUGCGAAAUUACAUUUGGGAUUCAAUUUUGUUUGUGAAUUUUGCGGUAAAAGUUUUAUUUCUACCACGCAACUGAAGCGUCACUGCCGAUCCUACCACGGCAUGAGCAGAGAACUACCAUGUCCACACUGUGACUAUCUAGCUUUAGAUAAUGCUCAACUAAAGCUCCACGAGCGUCGUAUGCACACAUUUGAGCGUCCGUUCAGCUGCGACGAGUGCGGCGCGGCGUACCACAGCAGGCGAUGUCUCGUGCAGCACAUCGAGACCCAUCGCACUGAAGCUACAGUGCAGUGUGAACAAUGCCCUCUAACAUUCAAGUCAUCUCGUCAACUGUCGCGACAUCGCUACAGGACGCACAAGUAUCAGAGAGCAGACGCCAAGUUUAUUAAUAGUUUUGAACAUACCUAGCAUAUUAUGAUCGGCUUUGAAUGUAACAAAAAAAGUUUAUAAAGGGUUAUUAAAAGGGAAUUCGUUGGAAUGCGUGUGAAGUCCAAAGAAGUGGCUGGAAUGAGCAAGAAUCUCACAGAAUUUGCUGGAAUUCGCGAGAAUUAGACUGCGGUUUGUUGAGCCAACCGCACUGUUGGAAGCCUUUGUUCGCGACUUCUACAGUACAUGGAGACAGUAGUUAGGGGAAUUUUCGAGAAAUGUGCGAAGAUUCUACGAAGUUUCUUGCAAAAAGUCGCUUCUACUACAAGCCUUGCAAAAAUACUAUGCAGUCAUGUCUCUGUGUAGGCGCAACGUAAGCUGCAUGCGAUAGUCUGUGGAGGGCUAAUAUUGGGAUGUUUUUUUUUUAACUAGUUUAUUUGUUUUAAGUAUUUGUGUAAAGAUAAAUAGUGA